CUAACAAAAUUAACGAUGAUGAAGUGAUGUAGAUGGUUAAGUUUCAAGAUUUUUUAAGUUUUGUGUUUGUAUUUGUUUGUUUUAUGCAAGAAUUGUAAGAAAUAUGUUUGUAUUUGUAUUUUUUAUGUUCCAAAAAUUUAUUAUUAAAAAAAUUGGUAAAUGAUUUUUUUUUCAAUAAAAAACAUCGAUUUUUUUUAAGUAUCGAUGUUUUGUGGCGAUAUAUGUAUAUUACAUGGAUGAUUUCUUAUUCGAUCAUCGAUGGCAGAGAACAUCGAUAUAUAUUUUUCGAUGUUUCCAUCUCCUGUAACUCAGUAUUGGCAACAUGGUACAUUUUUCUCCAUUUUGUAGUGUUUUUUUUAGCAAAAGUUUUCAACACUGUUUAAUUAGUUUGAAACUGAAAUAAACCUCGACUCUGGUAAGACUUAUUAUAUAUUAUAUUAUUAUUAUAAAAAAAAUGUAUACAAUCAAAAAAGUUUCAAAAAUUUUGUUUUAAUUUUGGGGAUUUUCAAAUGCCAUAGUUGGACGGUUGGCCACGCUGUUUAUACCUGUGAAAACAACAAUGGCGGCCGUGUCUUACUGCGGUCCGAAGGUAAUUUAAAGAUGAGUUUAAAUUUAAGUUGCGCGGUGUGCGGAACGAAGACAAAUUUGCUCCGUUGUGCUCGUUGUAAAACGCGUAUUUAUUGUACGAAGGAACACCAACGCAAAGACUGGCCCAACCACCGUGGAGAGUGUGCCCAACUCGCCCUAGCCCUUGAGAAACAGUCGCCGAAAAGUGGUGAAAGCAACAUUCUGAAUUCACUUUCGGAAGACUUGAGCCCCCACUUGGACUUCGACAAGACUUCAACGGAGAAGGCUUUGAAAUCGGCCAAGACAGCCAUGCCCAUAAGCGGCGAAAACAUCGUUCAUCCUAAGAAGUCCGUGGUGAAGGACUUUCCGGAAAUAUCCUUCCAGCAGAACCCGUGGAGCGCCAAGGGCCACCGGAAGGAUUUAGACGAGAUUUGCAGGAAUGUGAUUAAGGAUAUGGACGAGUAUGGGGUUUGUGUAGUGGAUAAUUUCCUGGGGGAGGAAAAGGGCAAAGCUGUGUUAAAAGAAGUCCUGCAGUUGUACGAUAAAGGUGUCUUUAGAGAUGGACAGUUGGUUUCCAGUCGGGGGACCGGGGAUUUGAAGACGAUACGAGGGGACCAAAUCAUUUGGAUCGAUGGAAAAGAAAAAUCUUGCAAUAAUAUUCAACAGUUGAUCAGCCAAGUUGAUGCUGUGGUCAUGCGGGCUAACAGAAUGUCCAAUAAUGGCAAAAUGGGAAUGUACAAUAUAAACGGCAGGACUAAGGCGAUGGUGGCCUGUUACCCCGGUUUAGGAUCACACUACGUCAAACACGUCGACAACCCAAAUCAAGACGGCCGUUGUAUAACGGCCAUAUACUACCUCAAUUUAAAUUGGAAAGUUAGGGAAAAUGGUGGUUUGUUACGAAUUUUCCCAGAAGGGUGGUUAGGUGAUAAGGUAGCUGAUAUAGAACCAAUUUUCGAUCGUCUUUUAUUCUUCUGGUCUGACAGGAGAAAUCCACACGAAGUUCAACCCGCCUAUGACACGAGAUAUGCAAUAACGUUGUGGUAUUUCGACGCUAGAGAACGAGCAGAAGCAUGUCGAAGAUAUGAAAAAGAACGACAUUCAUAGCGUUUGAAAAUUUUAUCGUGCCACUAACGAUCAACUGUGUCCGUUUUGACAAACAAACCUAGUACUAUGUGAUAUUUAUAGUUUGUUGGAAGCUGGUAACAGUUGUGUACUAUUAUUGUAUAUAUUGUGUAUUUUACCGAAAACUAAACUUUUUUUAUUUAUGUUUGACAGUGUGAUAUUUUCUUCUGAUUCAAGUCAAAUUGAAAUUCUUUAAUACGUAUUCAUUUAGGCGGUAUUACAAUAGGUUUAUUUAAUUCAUUUAUCGCUGAAGCGACUAUUUUAAUGUAAAUAGUGUAAAAGUAAUUUUCAAGUGUACAAUUUAGAUUAUGUUUGAAACCUAACUAAUAAAUUUAUAUACUAUUUAA